AUGGAAGGUGCAGCCGGCCAAAUGAUCAUCCUGAUCCUCGGCAUCGUUGUCGCAGCACCCAUGACCUUCUACACCAUCAACUUCAUGGAGAUGCGAGAUCAACUGAAGCACCCAUGGGCCCGCGACUACAACUCGGACGACGAAGACUCGAGGAGGAAGGUCACGACGAUCAGCACCUUCACCAGCUUCGAGCAAGGCUACAGGGUGUUCCACGUCGCCUUCCUUAAGAUCAUGUCCAAGAAACUCCCCGAUGAUCCCCUCGGUCCAAUCCUGUCAGCGCGCAAGACAUUGGCGGCCGCCAAGUUAGUUGAAGUGGUAGAGGAGAACAAGCCAAAGGGGGAGGCUCAGAAGGAGAAGCGAGUGGCAGCAGAGAAGGGCCAUGCCAUACCUAAAGACCACUUGGACAACAAAGAGAAGGAGCUCAUCAAGGCUGCAACCAAAGGGGUUGUCAGGUUGUUCAAUGCAGUAAGCACACUCACCAAUCUUGUUUGCUCUCUAUAA